AUGUCAUCAAAUUCAUUUCGUGAAGCAUUACAUGCUGGAAUAACUCAUAACAUAAAUGAUCAAUCAAAUAUACGAGCUAUUAUUGCACUACAUGCCGGAUAUAAUCAUAGUGGAUCAACAGCUGCUUAUGCUUAUAAAUAUAUUAAUCGUAUUUUUCCUUUUGGACCAUCACAUCAUUUUAGUUUAAAUACAUGUGUAUUAACAAAUCAUAUAUAUUAUGAAACACCAUUAUAUAAUAUUAAAAUUGAUACACAAAUAUCAAUAGAACUUUAUAGAACACAGAUCUUUUUUCAAUUAUGA